AUGGACCAGAAGGAUGUAGAUAACUCAUGUGUGGACUCUGUCUACACUGACGAGGGUAUCUCGAGUGGUCAUCUUACAACUCCACCAACAGAUCUCGAAGAAGACGGCUUAACCCCAGAGCAGUUGGAACAGAUAUGGAGCUGGAAUACGCCAGUUCCCCCUACCUUAGAAAUCUGCAUGCAUGAGUUGGUGGAAAAGCAAGCAAAGGAAGAUCCUAACCGGCCAGCUGUUAACUCGUGGGAUGGCGCAUUCACAUACCAAGAUGUUAGCUCGAGAUCGGAUCAGUUAGCAGCUCAUCUCGUAUCAGUAGGUGUCAAGAUAGGAUCGAUCGUUCCGUUAUGUUUCGAGAAAUCGAAAUGGACCGUCGUAGCUGUUCUUGCUGUCAUGAAAUCAGGCGCGACGUUUGCGCUUAUGGAUCCGAGCCAGCCCGAAGGCCGACUACGCACCAUCGUCGAGCAAACGGGUGCUUCUACUAUAAUAACAUCGAAGCUACAAGAGAGUCUCGGUCAUCGCAUUGCACCAAACGCAACUCAUAUCACCCUCUCUAGCGAACAGUUUAGCAGCUAUAACACAUCUCCAAGUUUACCUUCUGUGCCAGCGAGCGCGAAUCUUUACAUACAAUUCACGUCAGGCAGCACGGGAAAGCCGAAGGGGGUUAUUAUAACGCACGAAAACUAUUCUAGCGGCGCGAUACCACGCGCGGAAAUAGUCGGAUAUCGCGCACAUUCGCGAGUCCUUGACUUUGCGUCGUAUGCUUUUGACGUCUGCAUUGAUUGCAUGCUAUGCACAUUAUCGGUAGGGGGUUGCCUAUGUAUUCCCUCAGAUGCCGAUCGAGUCAACGACCUCAGCGGCGCCAUACGGAAGAUGGACGUCAACAUGGCUCAUAUGACGCCCUCAGUUGCCCGCGUCUUAGACUCCGAUAUCAUACCUUCGCUUGAAGUUCUCGGGUUAGGAGGAGAGGCUAUAUCCGCAGGCGACGCAGCCACUUGGAGUCGAAAUACGAAAGUGAUCAAUGCGUACGGCCCUUCGGAGUGUACCGUAGGUUGCGCUGUUAAUGGCGAUGUGGGUGCAGAAAGCCAAAAGGCACAUGUCAGCAUCGGCGCAGUUGGCGAGCUUCUGGUUGAAGGUCCUAUAGUAGGACCAGGUUACUUGAAUGAUGCCGAGAGAACAGCUAUUGCGUUCAUUAGCGACCCGAAAUGGCUUUUAGCCGGGAGUUCACAGCAUGCAGGCCGUAGUGGACGACUAUAUAAGACCGGUGACUUGGUAAGAUACGAUCCGGAUGGGACAAUUAUUUUCGUUGGUCGAGGCGACCAGCAGGUGAAAUUACGUGGGCAGCGAAUCGAACUCGCAGAGAUCGAGUACAAUAUGCGAGAUAAACUACCACCAGGUACUCGUGUCGCUGCCGAGGUAAUUAGGCCUGGCGGACCUGCUGGUGAACCGACAUUAGUUGCAUUCAUAGCAGAGCGAGCAGGUCUUGUACCUGAAUCUGAACCUCUUCUAGGAUCAUUAUCACUCCAAGUAGCAGACUCUCUCACGGGGAUGAAUAAGGCCAUAUCGGAACAUUUACCGAUAUAUAUGGUACCGGCGGCCUAUAUUCCUCUACAGACCAUGCCCUUGUUAGUUUCGGCGAAGACAGAUCGGAAACGCCUCCGAGAAUUGGGACAUGCGCUUAGUAGGAAAGACAUCGCCGGGUUCGCCGCAGCGACGGUUCCCAGAAAAGAACCCUCAACUCCAACGGAAAAGAAACUUGCCCAGUUAUGGAAUCAAGUCCUUGGACAGGAUAUCGAUGUUGGCGCUCAUGAUAACUUCUUCAACUUAGGAGGUGACUCUCUUCGCGCGAUGAAGCUGGUCGCUCAAGCACGAACACAGGACACCGCGCUUACGGUUGCCGACAUAUUCGCUAACCCUGUACUCUCAGACAUGGCUCUAGUUGCGAGAACCGCAUCCAGCGAAGCCGUAGUCGAGAUUCCGCCAUUCUCCCUUCUUGGUAGUCAAUGGUCAGAGGAUUCGGCGCGACAAGACUGCGCUGCUAUCUGCGACGUUAACCCCUCAAAAAUCGAAGAUAUUUAUCCCUGCACGCCUCUUCAAGAAGGGCUUAUGGCGCUGUCAGCUAAGGUCAGCGAAGCCUAUGUCGCACAGCGCGUAGUCGAACUUGCAGAUGAGACAGCAGCGCGGGAUCUUGCGAAGGCUUUCGAGCUAGCUUCUGCAGAUUGCGCAAUUCUCCGGACGAGGAUAGUCCAGAUCACAAGCCAAGGAUUGAUGCAAGUAGUCGUUAAAGACGACUUUGACUGCAAGUGGUUAUCCGGGGAGAGUCUUAACGAUUAUCUGGUUCAAGAUAGAAGCGAACCAAUUCAACUUGGCAAGCCUCUAGUUAGAUACGGCGUGGUUAUCAACGAGAAGUCUACAGGAAAGUCGCAUUUUGUCUUGACAAUGCAUCACGCUCUCUACGAUGGAUGGUCGAUGCCUCUAGUGGUCGAACGAGUUAAUCGAGCAUAUAACAACCUCCCAACUAAGCGACCAGCUGAUUUCAAACACUUCAUUAGCUACCUCACUAAUAUGGAUCGCAAUGAAUCGGAAACUUAUUGGCGAGAACGACUAGAUGGUGCUAAUAAUGAACAAUUUCCUUCCCUCCCCUAUUCGGGCUAUCAGCAACAAGCCGAUUCUCUUUUAGAACACUACGUACAUACUAGCAAGCCCAAUACCGGGAUAACCAUUGCCACGGUUAUCCGCGGUGCUUGGGCACUCUUGGUCUCAACUUAUACCUCGACCGACGACGUAGUGUUCGGAGAGACGCUUACUGGGCGCAACGCUCCUAUUGCAGGUGUCGAACAGAUCGAAGGACCUAUGAUCGCUACAAUACCAGUUAGAGUAGCCGUCAACCAUGAUAUGACCGUGAGAGAGUAUCUACAGGAAAUCCAUGACCAAUCGGUCCUUGGAAUCCCUCACGAGCACUUCGGCCUGCAACACAUCAGACGUCUAAGUCCGGAUGCGCGGGAGGCCUGCGAGCUGAGAACCGGCUUGGUAUUACAUCCCAGCGCAGAUGCUGAUGAAACCGCCCCUAGCGAAAAGCAACCAGCGGACGGCUUUGUUCCUGCUGGCGAUGAAGAGGCGGCACAGGAAGCGCUCAAGUUUAACACGUACGCCCUGAUGCUGGUAUGUUCCUUAGACCCAAGGGGCUUUUUGGUCAUGGCAAGCUUCGACUCGAAAACAGUAACGAGUCCGCAGAUGGAGAGGAUGUUACGCCAGCUUGAAAAGAUUACGCAGCAGCUCGUCGAGAACCCAGAUGCCAGAUGUAGCCAACUUCAGAUACUAGCCGAAGAGGAUAUAUCUGAGCUCACCCACCUGAGCCAGACAGGCGCAAAAAGUCCAGCUAUCACUGCUUUACUCCCUACUGGCUGUGAGGUAUCCGAGACGUGCUCCGGCGAACCUGAUCUCGAGUUGACGCCGUCUCCCCAGUGGGCUAGCCAGAAUAACACCGGCCGGUUUUACAAAACUAAUAAACUCGUAAAGUACGAUGCGAACGAUAACAUUACCCCCAUCGAACGGACAAGUUCUACUAGAACAUUCUCUACUGGUCCACGUGAAAAGCAUGUAUCAGCUACCUCGGCGAAGCAGAAGAGUCUUCGACAAGCCUGGAGUCAAAUACUAGCAAUCGACGAGGAUGAAAUUGGGUUGAACGACAGCUUCUUCCAGCUUGGCGGCGAUUCCAUCGGAGCUAUGAAACUUGUGUCGGAGCUCCGAGCCAGGAAGAUGGAAUUAACGGUACCCGAGAUUUUUAAACAUAGGACAUUAUACGAUAUGGCGAAGGUCUUGAGGGAAGAGAAGCAAGUGACCGCCGAGUCGACCGAGCCGCCACCGUCUCCAUUUUCAUUGCUUGACGUCCCGGAUGUGGAAACCUUCAUCGCUGAGACGGUCAGGCCACAGCUUGUCCAAGGCGAUCAUGUAAUCAGGGAUAUUCUCCCGGCGCGUCCGCUCCAGCAAGUCGCGGUGAGGGGCACAACUCAACUUCCUCGAUUUUCCGCUCGUUACGAAUUAUUCCAUUUUGACGGACACCUCGACAAGGAAAGACUCUUCAAAAGCUGUCGGGAACUCGUCGCUCGCAACGAAAUCCUGCGAACAGUUUUCGUCGAGAGAGGCGAGGAGUGCUUUGGCGUCGUUCUUGAGACGCUUGAUAUUGCGAUCGACCAAUACGAGAUCGAGGGAGACUUGGACUCGUUUGCGCAUAAGCUAUGCGACGUCGACGUUCAAACCAAGAUGCCACUAGGCUCUGCCUUCGUGAAGUUCAUGUUCGUCCAAGGCGAUGCCGAUAAGAACUGCCUCAUCUUCCGCAUCUCCCACUCACAGUACGACGAAGUCUGUCUCCCGGGUCUUAUACACCAGCUCGGUGCUCUAUACGACGGCAAGGCUACAAUAGAUUCCGUUCCUUUCUCUUCCUUUGUAUACCACGUCGUGAAUAAGGGCAUCCCGCGAAGUAUCCCCUACUGGCGAGACCUACUACAAGACAGCUCGCUCUCUAUCCUCCGUCCGGAUGUACCUCUAACAUCCAAGACCCCAGCCGCAAUCAGCCGGAUAGUCGAUAUCUCUACACGGCUAAGAGACAUAACAGUAGCGACGCUACCAACAGCCGCGUGGGCCUUGUGCCUCGCGCGACGGCUCGCGCGGAGAGACGUCGUAUUCGGCGAGGUCGUCAGCGGCCGGAACACGGACCUACCGCACGCGGACACGGUCGCGGGACCGACAUGGCAAUACGUGCCGGUGCGGGUACGCUUCGAGGACGACUGGAAAGUCGCGGACCUGCUACGACACGUGCAGCACCAGCACGUCGCCAGCGCGCUGCACGAGUGCAUGGGUCUGACGGAGAUCAUGCGCGAGUGCGGACCGCUCCCGGGGUGGCCAGUCGGCGCUGACUGGUUCGACUCGGUGGUGCACCAAGACGUCGUCCACGUCGAGGAGCUGAAGUUUGGAUUUGGAGGCGGCCGGGACGAGGAGGAGGAGGGUGGAGCGACGUGCCGUUUCGAGACGGUAUACCCGCACCUCGAGCCGUUGCGCGAGUGGAAAGUACAGGCGUUCGUCGACGGGGAUAGCCUGACGUUGGAACUCGUUACGUUCCAGGAUUGGAUAGGCGUUGCGGCAGAGUUGCUGGAUGAGUUGGAGGAGAUAAUGGGGAUGUUGGUGAAGAAGCCGGACGGGAAGCUCUUCUGA